AGCCCCUGCCCCCCGGGGGACGCUGACGGCCGCUGAGCGCGCCGCCCUAGCAUACGGACAGGGGGCGCUGCGCGCGGCCUGGGGCAACCCGGGCCACAGGGGCAGGAAAGUGAGGGCCCAGGUCGGCCCGGGCGUGCAGGGGCCCCGGGUUCGCAGCGGCGGCCGCGGCAGGGAUAGCGGCACCAGCAGCAGCAGCAGGAGUGCCGGGUUUCGCCGGGAAGCCGAUGGCGGCGGCGGCGGCGGCUCCGAUCCCUCGUUGACUGUCCGUCCGCCCUCCUGCAUUGAGCGCCAUGUUACCGAGCCAAGCUGGGGCCGCAGCGGCUCUGGGCCGGGGCUCGGCCCUGGGGGGCAGCCUGAACCGGACCGCGACGGGGCGGCCGGGCGGUGGAGGCGGCGGCGGCGGGACUCGCGGGGCUAACGGGGGCCGGGUCCCCGGGAACGGCGCGGGGCUCGGCUCGGGCCGCCUGGAGCGGGAGGCUGCAGCGGCGGCGGCGACGACCCCGGCGCCCACCGCGGGGGCCCUCUACAGCGGCAGCGAGGGCGACUCGGAGUCGGGCGAGGAGGAGGAGCUGGGCGCGGAGCGGCGCGGCCUGAAGCGGAGCCUGAGCGAGAUGGAGAUGGUGGUCGGUGGGCCCGAAGCGUCGGCGGCCGCCGCCGGGGGCUACGGACCCGUGAGCGGCGCGGUGAGCGGGGCCAAGCCCGGCAAGAAGACCCGGGGCCGCGUGAAGAUCAAGAUGGAGUUCAUCGACAACAAGCUGCGGCGCUACACGACCUUCAGCAAGAGGAAGACGGGCAUCAUGAAGAAGGCUUAUGAGCUGUCCACGCUGACAGGGACACAGGUGCUGUUGCUGGUGGCCAGUGAGACAGGCCACGUGUAUACCUUUGCCACCCGCAAACUGCAGCCCAUGAUCACCAGUGAGACCGGCAAGGCGCUGAUUCAGACCUGCCUCAACUCGCCAGACUCGCCACCCCGCUCAGAUCCCACCACGGACCAGAGAAUGAGUGCCACUGGCUUUGAAGAGACAGAUCUCACCUACCAGGUGUCGGAGUCUGACAGCAGUGGGGAGACCAAGGACACACUGAAGCCGGUGUUCACGGUCACCAACCUGCCGGGCACCACCUCCACCAUCCAAACAGCACCCAGCACCUCUACCACCAUGCAAGUCAGCAGCGGCCCCUCCUUUCCCAUCACCAACUACCUGGCACCAGUGUCUGCUAGCGUCAGCCCCAGUGCUGUCAGCAGUGCCAACGGGACUGUGCUGAAGAGCACGGGCAGCGGCCCUGUCUCCUCUGGGGGCCUUAUGCAGCUGCCCACUAGCUUCACCCUCAUGCCUGGUGGGGCAGUGGCCCAGCAGGUCCCAGUGCAGGCCAUUCAGGUGCACCAGGCCCCACAGCAAGCGUCUCCCUCUCGCGACAGCAGCACAGACCUCACGCAGACCUCCUCCAGCGGGACAGUGACGUUGCCCGCCACCAUCAUGACACCGUCUGUCCCCACAACCGUGGGCGGCCACAUGAUGUAUCCUAGCCCCCACGCAGUGAUGUACGCCCCCACCUCGGGCCUGGCUGACGGCAGCCUCACCGUGCUCAAUGCCUUCUCCCAGGCGCCAUCCACCAUGCAGGUGUCCCACAGCCAGGUCCAAGAGCAAGGUGGUGUGCCCCAGGUGUUCCUGACAGCGCCCUCUGGGACAGUGCAGAUCCCUGUCUCUGCAGUUCAGCUUCACCAGAUGGCUGUGAUAGGGCAGCAGGCCGGGAGCAGCAGCAACCUCACCGAGCUACAGGUGGUCAACCUGGACGCCACCCACAGCACCAAGAGUGAAUGAUCCGCCCUGCCGCCCUGGACAGCUGGCCGAGGGACGGCGCCACUUAUUUAUUGUUGCCUUUCACGUUUUCUUUACACACACGUUGACGGGCCGCGGGAGGGAGGCAAGGAGGAGGCGCGGGCAGCCACAGGACUACGCCCUCUCGCUCCAGCCAAAGAAAUGGGCCUGCCUGCCCUCCCCCCCCCGCCCCCCC